CGCACAUCGAUGAUAACCCCGUUUGUUGUAUGUUUUAGUAUAUUAUUACUAUACUGUUUCACUUGCAAUAACUUAUACGAUUACUGAUGACGUAUAAACGAAGACGAUCACCGUUUUGGCUGUAUGAUAACAAGACGCCCGUUGUUGUUUCCGCGAUUCAUUAAAAUAUUGUAACCUUAUAAUUAUUGUUCAUGUUAUCUCAGUGCGUUAGUAAUCACGAGACGUUGUUGUGUAUUAGAUUUUAAGUAAUCUGUCAUUGCUUUCGUUACCGUUUUAUAUACCUUUAUGAGUAAAAGUUAAAUCAUCAUUUUGUGAAUUAUGUCAUCGUUUUAAUACCUUUUGUUCGAUGUGUUCGCUUUUAUCGUCAAUAAGUACAUUGAAACACCCACGCAGGGACAUGACAUCUUUUUAAUAUAUCUUAUUAAAAGCCAAGACACCUCAAGAGUAAAUUAUCAAUGAGUAAUCAAUUGGUGGACUCAUGUUUGUUGGUGAACAGAAGGGUGGAGAAGCUUCAAGAGCAAAGCUUCACUACCUGCACUGAAAUUACACAGAGAGCUCAGUCAGAUUUAUCGCAAAAUAAUUCAUAUUCUAAUGAUAUAACAUAUUCUAACAGCAGAAUUCCAGAAAAUCAUUUAGCAACUUCUUCAGUUCAAGGUGGUGAAAAACCUUUAUUAGUUUCUCAAACAAAAAAACAUCAAACAACUCAGCAAGUUACAACUGUUACUAAAGUUGUUAGAGAAGUUCAUCAUAUGAUUCCGAAUGGUCAUUCAUUGGACUACAUUCCAUAUACUUUAGGUGUUUCAUCAUCAUCCUCUGCUACAACUACACAACCUAAUAAUUCAGUUCAUAUGUCAGAACCUGGACAUUUUAACAAUGACUAUCAAAACUACAAUCCAGGAUGUCAAGAUUAUGAUCAUUAUGUUGGCGUCCACCCUGGAAUUUCAUAUUCCAGCUAUAAUAAUGUAGGUGGUCAGCAAGGUUCUAAAUUAGAUGGCAAUGGCUACCAAGUUUAUGAUACAGGUGUGCCUUCUAAUCAACUUAGUCAUGAUUAUAAUGAAACUGUUCCUACACCACCCAGUCCCAGUGCAUGUAGUGAGUCUCCUCCACCACAACAACUCUUGGCCCAAGAAUAUAUGAGAAAAGGAUUGCCCUAUCCACCUUCAGGCUAUGAAGAAUUAGAUGCAACUCAGUUACAUCCAAAUCAUGAUCAUUAUCAUAGGAUUACACCAUCACCUGGUGAUUGUUAUGAUCAAUUGAGUAGCUCAUGGAACAUGGAUGAAUGUGGAGAUCAAAUGAGUCAAGGUCUUCGAUGGAGAGAUCCUAAUCUACCAGAAGUCAUAACAUUUUUAGCUAAUCCAAAUAAUUUAAUAAAAGCAAAUGCAGCUGCUUAUUUACAACAUUUGUGCUAUAUGGAUGAUCCAAAUAAGCAAAAAACUAGAACACUAGGUGGAAUUCCUCCUUUAGUAAAACUUUUAAAUCAUGAUUGUCCAGAUGUUUAUAGAAAUGCUUGUGGAGCUCUUCGAAAUUUAUCAUAUGGAAGACAAAAUGAUGAAAACAAACGUGCUAUCAAAGAUGCUGGUGGAAUUCCAUAUUUAAUUAACUUACUACAUAAAACUGCUGAUGCAGAAGUUAAGGAAUUGGUAACUGGUGUACUGUGGAACUUAUCAUCAUGCGAAGAUCUUAAAAAAUCAAUAAUUGAUGAUGGACUUUCAACUAUUGUAAACCAUAUAUUGAUUCCACAUUCAGGUUGGAGUCCAACAGUAUGCAGUGAUAUUUGCUGGUCUACUGUAUUUAGAAAUACUUCUGGUGUUUUAAGAAAUAUAAGUUCAGCUGGUGAAUAUGCUCGUAGAAAGUUACGAGAAUGUGAGCACUUAAUUGAUUCACUUCUGUAUGUAAUUUCAACUGCCAUUGAGAAAUCUAACAUUGGAAAUAAAAGUGUUGAAAAUUGUGUUUGUAUUUUGAGAAAUUUAUCUUAUCGAUGUCAAGAAGUAGAAGAUCCAAACUAUGACAAACACCCUUUACCUACUCAAAGUCGAGUGGGUCCUCAACCUAAAGGAGAAAAUCUUGGUUGUUUUGGUGCUAGUAAAAAGAAAAAAGAUGUACAAGUUGUAUCACCAAAAGAAAAUACUAGCACUCGAAUCAUACCUAGAACAGAACCAGCUAAAGGAAUGGAACUUUUAUGGCAACCUGAAGUGGUUCAAUCAUAUUUAGCUUUACUUCAAAGUUGUUCAAACCCAGAAACUUUAGAAGCAGCAGCAGGUGCCAUACAAAAUUUAGCUGCUUGCUAUUGGCAGCCAAGUAUUGAAAUUAGAGCUGCAGUUCGUAAGGAGAAAGGUCUACCUAUUUUGGUAGAACUUCUCCGUAUGGAAGUUGAUCGUGUUGUUUGUGCAGUAGCAACUGCAUUAAGAAAUUUAGCCAUUGAUCAGCGAAAUAAAGAACUCAUUGGUAAGUAUGCUAUGAGAGAUUUGGUUCAAAAAUUACCUUCGGGAAAUGCUCAACAUGACCAAGGAACAUCUGAUGACACUAUUGCAGCUGUACUAGCUACAUUAAAUGAAGUCAUAAAGAAAAAUGCUGAAUUUGCUAGAUCAUUGUUAGAUUCAAGUGGUGUAGAAAGAUUAAUGAAUAUAGUUAGGCAAAGACAAAAGUAUACGCCUAGAGUAUUAAAAUUUGCAAGUCAAGUUUUGUUUGCUAUGUGGCAACAUCAAGAGUUGAGAGAUGCAUACAAAAAACAUGGAUGGAAAGAACAGGACUUUGUCACUAAGACUAUUGCUGCAAGAAAUGCUGCUGGUGGAAUUAACUCACCAAAUAAUGCUAACAGUACAUUAAAUCGGCCAAUGGCUAGUCAGGGUGGUACUCGUUAUGAAGAUAGGACUAUACAAAGGCAACCAAAUCCAAAUGCUACUUCUCAGAUGAAUCACUCACUACCUAAUUCUACUUAUCAGACUAGCGAUGAAAUUCCAUUAGCAGAUAUGCCAUAUCCUGAAGUAGCCACACAUACACCUCCUGUUGGUGGUGUUUUAAUUUAUCCUCCGGGACAUCCUCUUAGAUCAGGAGAACCUCUAUAUGCUCAAGUAAACCGCGAUAAGAAAAAGAACAAACAAUAUGAUCCAUCUGUUGCUGGAUUGUCAAUGGGUGGAGAUAUGUGGAAUUAUAACGAACAAGCACAACAAAAGAUUUCAUCUGUUGAUGUAUCUACUUCUCAAGGUGGUGAUUCAUGGGUGUAAAUUCUAUGUGCAAGAAUCUUUUAUUCUUUUUAUUUAUUAUUUUAUUUGUAAGUAUUAAUAUUUACUUUUUGUAAGUAAUUGUUAUUACUAUGAGGUGAUAUUAUUAUUAUUUCUGAAAUGUGACAAACCAAUUUUUUAUAUAAUGUUUAAAUCUUAAGAUAUAUUGA